AUGGGGCAAGCCAACCACGUGUUCCGCAACAAAAUGGACUUUGCCAAGAGCGUGCUCGCGGACGAGCGUGGCUGUUGGUCAGCGUUCAUGCUUCCCCGCAAGGCUCCGGAGUGGUAUCGCCGACUGGUCGCUGGUCACAACGAUCAGGACGUCCACCAGCAGCCAGCACCCGCGGGCAGUUUCUUCCUCCUUGGCCACGUGACGCUGUCCGUGCCGGAUGCCGACGAGGCGCACCUCUUCUACAACAGGGGUCUCGGCAUGGACGAGGACCAAAAAGAAGAGGAGCUCCGGUUCAGCGCCGGCCCGUCGCAGAUCCGAGCUCUGAUCCGCCCCAGUGAGGAGCCCCAGCUGUGGCCGGGGGAGCUGCGGCUCUGGGUGGAGGACAUGCGCGAAACUGCGGACAUGCUCAACAUCAUGAAUCACCAGCUGAACCAGCUGCUGCUCGAUGAGAUGCUGGAGUCGGAGUCGGGGGGCGAGUAUGCCAUCAGGCUGAAGGACCCGUCGCGCAGCAACUUCCUCUUGGUUUCCGAGGCCCCGGCGGGCUUCUCCGACCAGAUCCGAGCCAUCCCAGCUUCCGAAGGCCUUGCGCCUUCCAACGUCGUCGGCCUGAGCGCUGCCGUGGUGCGGCUGAAGAACCGCGACCAGGUGGCCGGCGCCGCAGAUUUCUAUGAGAAGAUUCUGGGGGCCGCCGUGACAAGGAAGUAUGCCGUGUACGAGCGCCGGGCGCAGGUCGACUCCUUCGUGGUGCAUUUUAGCCCGGGUGAGGGCAGCUUGGAGCACCCUCUAAGGGGCGCCGUGGACUUCCCAUUUCUGGAUGCCACCGUGGCAGAGACCAUUGAUGCAGUGAGGCACGCGCUCGGGGAGCCGAGUCAUGCUGGAGCUCUCCUCUCUUUGGGCGCUGAGAGGCUCGCGCCGGGCGCGGAGCUGGGCAGCUUCUGCACCAAGUGCGAGUACAGGACCUUCUCCCUGGUGAGCUUCUCCGAGCUGGUCCCGCCGAGGCGGGGGGAUGUCCAGAUGCCCACCGAGCGCCGCGGCAUCACGAUCCGGCAGCUCUCGGAGGUCAUCCACUUCAUUACCGACUGUGCGCCGUUCUGGUACGAAGCACACCCACAAAGUCCACACUUUGGGCAGCUUCUGACACCCGAAAGCUUCAACCUCUAUCACGCCAACUACUGGCUGAUCAGCCCUUCCACGCAGGGGCUGCGGAAUGGCAAGGGCUGCAGUUACGUGGAGCUCGUUGCCCCGGAUGCUGCGUCGCAACUGCCCGGCUGGUUUGUGUCCCACGCGUGGCUGGAGCCUGUCGUGCAGUUCGUGGCGUGUCUUCUGAAGCAUGUUCGGCUCAGACGCCUAAGUUGGCUGGCAAGCUAUUGGAUCUGCGCCUACGCCAACAACCAGCAUGACUUGAGUGCGGAGAUUGCUGACGACCCCCGCAAGACCUCAUUCUUCAAAGCCAUGCAGUUGUGUGUUGGAGUCGUUCUGAUACUGGACGAGCAUGCCACGCCCUUUCAGCGCAUAUGGUGUUGCUUCGAGCAAAGUAUUGUUGUCGGCGAGCGGGAUGCCGGGACUAGCCGCCUGCUACUGGAUGUGGCCGCAACGGAUGCUUCGCACAAGGCUCACCUCAUCACCGAUGGCUUCGCUGGCCCCGAGCAGUGCCAGAUGCCGCUGCUGGGCUUCUUGGCCAAGUCUACGCGAGAAGCCGGCUUCCCCACGGAAAUCCUGCAAAAGGGCCUCGGCGUCAACAUCCUGGAUGCCAGCACGUCUGUGCAGCAAGACAAGCACAUGAUCCUCCGAAGCAUCGCCCUGCGCAGAGCCAGUGCGAAGUCCCUGUCCGAAAGCUAUCCCGCCACGCAUCCCAACUACGAUGCCGUGAACCAGGCCCUGGCCUCGCACUUUGCCCUGGCCGCCUUCUUCGGGGCUGUGGCGCAGGGGGAAGACACCACAAGGCUCUUGGAGGCCUUGGCCGCAGACCAGUCCCGGCGCGUGGUGGAGCUGUCCCUGACGGGCUUGCAACUCCGGGACCUGGAGCUCCAGAUGCUGCUUCAGAGCAUGCCCAGGCGGCUGUCUGUUCUCCGCUUGGACCUUGGCUUCACGGCCAUCGAGCACGUCGAGUUCCCGGAGAUGCCCAACUUGACGCAGCUGAUGCUGCGCUUCACGGGCUCCCGGCUCCGGGACGCCAAAGGCCUCUGCCCGGCCCUGGCCCCGGGGCUUCGGCUGCUGCACCUCUGGUUCUCGAACCUCCCGUCGCUGGUGCAGCUGGGCCCCUUGAGCCAGGCCCUCGCGAAGCUGAGCCUGGAAGAGCUGGUGCUGCACCUCAGUGGCUGCCCCAACGUGCCUGUGGAGUCCAAGCAGCAGCUGUACGAUGCAGCACGAAGUUUGAAACACCCGAGGAGCUGGCGUUGGAGGGUGGACGCCUGGAUCCAUAUCGAGGACACCAACACCUGGUCGCUUCCAGCGGCUUUGUUGGCUCUCUGCGGCGGCGCCCGAUGCUGUAGCACGCCUCUGAGCGAGGACACGCAGGCCGAAGAGCCGUCGAGUUCCAGUCCGGUGGGCCUUGCGGAGGCAUCUGCCGAGGACCUGCCGUAUCCCUGCAGCCAUCCUGGCUGUGAAACCUUCCACGAUGACCUCCGCGGCUUCUGCCAGCGGCAUUACUGGCAGGGCCGUGGCCGGAAACUCACAUCUGGCUGUCUCAUGGUCUGGCGCUGGCUAGAGCUGGUGAUGCUCUUCCUCGCACAGGCCGCCGCCGAGAUCGAAAGCCGAACCGUGCUGCUGGCCAUCCUCGUAUCUUUGUACCUGGCAGCGCUCUGGUCGCUGACAGUACCCAGCACCUCCGCCUCCGCAGGUUACAUCGCCGCCACUCUCUCUGUCGUCGGCUUGGGCAGCUUGGCAUGGACGUGGAAGCAGUUCGAUCGGAUGCAGCAGGUUGCCUUGCAACUGGCGCUGUCCAUGGAAGCCAAGUAUGCCAAAGUGAUCCGCGCAGAGCUUCCGAUGCCAGGAGCUCGGGGCAGAGCCCCGAGCGCUCCGAACAUGCUUCGCAUUUCCACGCUGUCCAAUGACUACGACUUCGGUGGCUUCGGCCGCGAUGACGGCGACGGGCGGGCGGCAGACGCGGGACACCUACAGGAGACGGACUCUCUGAGAGACCUCUACGCCGAAGCAAGGCGCCGCUUGCCGCACUUCGAGCGGGCGGUGCGGGCCGCGCUGGCAGAAGUUCCGGGCGCCUCGGCGAAGGCGAAGAUUCGGCUCCUCACGGACCUCAGCUCACGGGAGCGGCAGGGGCCCAAACAGCUCGUGGAUGUCCUCAGCUGUGAGGUGCAGUGCGAUGGCCUGACGCAGGUGCAGGCGGCGCUGCAUGCCCUGAAGGUGAGACUUGAAAGCGAGGAGAGCAGCGGUUGCUUCCAGAUUGCGGCCGUUCACGACGGCUUUGCAGAGCUCAGGAACCGUGCCUGCUGCCAGGUCGUCAUCUCGCACCAGAGCUACUUGUCAUCCGUCUUCCUCCUCGAUGCUUCGUUGUCCAGGCUCGAGAGCGGCCUCGAUGAGAUGUACAAGCUGGCCAACUCCUUCGGCCUUCUGGACGAGGCGAAGCCCGCGCAGUGGGAGACAUCUCAGAGGCUGCCGGAGCCUCCCCAGCUGCUCUCCGUCAGCGCCGCCGUCCUCCUGCUGCGACUCGUGGCUCUCCUCAGCGCCCUCUUCCUGGCGACCCAGUACUUCCUGCGCUACGCCCCUGCCAGGUUCCGAGCCAGACUGCCAGCACAACUGCUGCGAGCCACGUUCCUGCUCCACGUCACGACGGAUCAGGAUAGCUGGGAGGAGGCCAUCUUGCUCUCAUUGCCCUAUGCAGUCUUGGUCGUCGUCUUUGCCUGCGAGCUACUUCCCGGCACCGUCGCCGCGACCAAGAAGAGGGCCAGACCCACACAAGUGCUCUAUGAGCGCUACUUCGGGCUACGCGGGAGCCACUACGUGCUGAAAGUCUUGGUGCUCCAGUUUGGGACGGUCUUGAUCCAGGCCUUCGGGAAGAUACGCUUGCUGGGUUCCCUGGUGACCCUCGCCCAGCACGAGGCUCCACGGGUAUCUGCCGGGCCUUUCGUUAAGACGUUCUGGGCGUUCUGUGCGCUGAUCGCGUGGAACAGCAUCUAUCCCGCUGCGCUCCUCGUGCUGCCAGACACGAGCUGGAUCCGCGGUGGCGCGGCGCUGAUGGACGCAGUCCUGGACCUGGGCUACAUGAUGAGCUACUCGCAGAUGGUGAUCAUGGCCUUAUUGGAGCUGCAGACUGCACAAACGGUCUUGGGCAAUUUCGGCAUGCCGGGCAUGCAUGUCUCCAAGCACCAGGACCUCAGCAACCGGGUCAGCCCCAACUUCGUGUUUCCCAGUGACUUCUGGAGCUACGCGGCGGUGUACCUGAACGUGGCGCACGUCUGCUGCGUCUGCCGCAUGCUGCAGCGCUCCAGCUGGGGCAAUCUGCGCGCGGCCUCCGCCACCAGGUCCGUGGGCGGCCUGCGCAAGGGAUGGAGAUUCCUCGGUGCGACAGCCUACGCGGGCUCCCUGCUCCUGCUCUUGGCGAUGCUGCUGGCAUCAGAGGACACCUACCCGGGCCAUUCGGGAGAUUUCAGGUGCUUUCCCUGCCACUGCCUGGGGGAUGGCCUUCAGGGCCUUCGCCUGACGCGCUGCCCUCUUGUGGAAUCCUUGGGCAUAGAGCAGGUGAGCCUGAAUGCUCGAAACAUCAGCGAGAUCGCCGCCGAAGCCUUCAGCCCGCUGGGCUGCCAGCUGCGGAAGCUCUACCUUUCCGGCAACCCCCUGGUCCGCCUGCCGCCGCACCGCUUCGCAGGACUCGGCUGCCUCCAGUCCUUGGACCUGAGCCGGACGCAGCUGAUGGAGGUCGACGACGACGCCUUCAGCGGUUUGAGGCAGCUCAGGGUUCUCGCCCUUAGCGAGAAUCGCCUCAGCAAGCUGGGCGCGCCGGCUCUUAGGCACCUGCCCGGCCUGGAGCACCUCGUCCUGGGAGGGGUGGGGGAGACGAUGGACGACAUGGUGAUUGGAGGGAAUCCGCUCACGAGCUUGCCCCCCCGGCUCUUUGCAGGGAACCCGAAGUUGAGAAGCAUCGACCUGAGCCACAACACGCUCCGGACGCUGCACGAAGACGCCUUCCAGGGCCUCAGGCACCUGCACUCGCUGGAUCUGAUGCUGAACCCCCUGACCGUGUUGCCUCCUGGCAUCUUCCGGGGGCUGGAGAAGCUGGAGCUGCUGAGCCUCAGCACGAUUCAGCUGAAGACGCUGCCGGCGGACAUCUUCCGAGGCCUCCGACAGCUGAAAGUUCUCGAGCUAGACAGGAACGAGCUCACCGAACUCCCCCAGGGCAUCUUGGAAGGCCUCCAGCUGCAGAAGCUCCGCCUGCACGAAAACCAGCUGAGAGUUUUGGAUCCCGGGCUCUUCCGCGACGUCCCGGAGCUGCAGCAGCUCUGGCUCGACCGCAACAGGCUGCGCAGCCUCCCCCCAGAGAUCUUCCGCGGCCUCGCGCGCCUGCAGAAGCUCUGGCUGAGCCACAACGAGCUCGAAGAGCUUCCCCCAAAGCUCUUCCAGGGCCUUGGCCAGCUGGAGUUCCUGAACCUGGCUGACAAUCAACUUCGGGAGCUUCCCGGCGAGGUCUUCCGAGGCCUGGGCCUUCAGAAGCUUGGGCUCGAUCAGAACAACUUCAGGGCGCUUCCUGACGACCUCUUUCGAGGGCACCAAGAGCUGCAGCAACUGGACCUGCAUGACAACUUUCUCCGGGAGCUUCCCGAAGAGCUCUUCAGGGGCCUGGAGUCCCUGCAGAAGCUCUGGCUCUACCAGAACUCCCUGCAGGCGCUUCCGCCCGGCCUCUUCCGUGAUCUCGGCCAGCUGCUGCUCUUGAACAUGAGCUCCAACAACCUCAGCCAGCUCCCUCCCAGCCUCUUCCAAGGCCUGGAUGGACUGCAGGAGCUGGACCUGCGCGGGAAUGAGCUCCAGGGGCUCCACGGAAGCCUCUUCAAAGGUCUCGGUGGGCUCAGGAGCCUCUACCUCUCCGGGAACCGAAUCCGGCAGCUCCCGCCCGAGAUCUUCCCGGCUCGCGCGGCCGUCGCGCUGGAAGGGAACCUCCUUCCGGAGGAAGCUUGCCGCGGCGAGUGGUUCCUUAAUUCGACCAACGCCUCAAGCGUGGAGUGCCGUGUGGCGUGA